AUGAACCAACUGGAUUCGGUCAAUACAGAUCAGAAUACACUAUGGGAUUCCCGUAGAUUGCUAGUCGUCUCGUUAUUCUUGCCAUACACUCCUUCAUGCAUUGAUCUUCCAACUGUUCCCAUUCAACCUACUGUUCUUCCAUUACAGAGUUUAACCCGUCGUUUAAGUCUGGUUUCUACCAUGGCAAACAUGAAGGCUUUACAGAAUCCUACUAAUCUAUUUCCAUCCUCUGUCUUCAAUGACCAUUCCAACAUUCAUUCCAAAGCGGAACGUCAGAAAGACCGGAUAGCUUGUUCUGAUCUUGACGAAUGCAUGAUCCAUUCUUCGGGUGCUGGCAAUAUUGGACUCCAAAAUGCUGUCAAUGCAUUCAAGGACAAUACUAUCAACCGUAUGUGGAUUGGAACUGUCGGUAUCAAUACAGACGAUAUUCCACAAUCCCAGCUCGAUAGUUUAAGAAAUAGGCUCAUCUCCAAGUAUUCUUCGACUCCUGUUUUUGUUCGUCAGGAUGAACUGGAUGGUCACUACAAUCAAUUUUGCAAACAGGUUCUUUGGAAGCCAUUUCACUACCAAUUGCCUGACUAUCCAAAACCCAGGGGUUACGAAGAAGCCGCAUGGCAACAUUACACAGCUGUCAACCAAAAAUUUGCUGAUGAAAUCGUCAAAGUUUAUCGUGACAACGAUAUUGUUUGGAUUAAUGACUAUCACUUGAUGCUUGUACCUCAAAUGGUUCGGCGUAUGAUACCCACUGCCACUAUUGGUUUCUUUUUGCAUAUUCCUUUUCCAAGUUCUGAAAUAUUUCGAUGCUUGCACGUUCGAAAGCAAAUUCUACAAGGGCUAUUGGGUGCAGAUCUAAUUGGAUUCCAAACUUAUGCGUUCAUGAGGCAUUUUUUAAUGACUUGUACUAGGCUGCUCGCAUUAGAAACAACACCAAAGGGAAUCCAAUUGGAAAACUCGGUCGUUGGUCUUGGGAUCUAUCCUAUUGGAAUUGACUUGUCAUCACUUAAUGCAAAAAGAGCUCAUCCUGAAGUAGCAGAAAUCAUUGCUUCGCUCAAGGAAAAAUACCAUGGAAUGCAUGUUGUGAUUGGACGAGACAAGAACGACUACGUUAAAGGUGUACGUCAAAAGGUUCUUGCAUUUGAACGAUUUCUGGUGCAGCAUCCCGAGUGGCAUAAUCGGGUUGUUUUAAUUCAAGUCGUCCUGUCCACUACAGAAGCAAAUGAACUUGAAACUCACGUAUUGGAUGUUGUAUCUCGCAUCAAUUCGCGUUUUGGAGCAAUUGGAUAUGUACCUGUAGUGUAUCUGCAGCAAAAUAUCAGCUUCAAUCAUUAUCUUGCUCUUUUAUCUAUUGCGGAUGCUUGUCUUAUCACAUCCCUUCGAGAUGGUAUGAAUCUCACAUCUCAUGAAUAUGUGGUCUGUCAAGAGACCAAAUUCAGUCCUCUUAUUAUUAGCGAGUUUGCUGGAACGUACGGGAGCUUUGGAGCUGCAAUUAGGAUUAAUCCAUGGGACGGUCAAGAGGUAGCCAAUGCAAUCAAUGAAGCUCUCACCAUGUCAGCAGAUGAAAAAAAAUAUCGAUGGUCUAUGCUAUAUCAAUAUGUUUCCACCAAUACAGCACAAUCGUAUGUGGAAUCAUUUGUGUCAGAUACUGCUCGCGUUCAUAUUGAAAACAUGUCCAUCAUGUCAACUAGCAUUCCACGACUGUCAUUCAAAUCACUCUAUGCAGACUACAUCUCCUGUCAUUCUCGCUUAUUUCUUCUGGAUGAUGAAGGAACGCUUUUUUCAAAUUCACUAGGUUCAACCAUUCCGGCCUAUUAUGCCGAGGUUAAUCGUGCCAAGACGCUUCUGCGGAAUCUAUGCGAAAAUGAACACAACAUUGUGUAUCUGAUGAGUGGUCGUAGGCGAAGUGAUUUGGAAGCCUUUUUUGAAAUACCAUCCCUUGGUAUUUGUGCCGAAAAUGGAUCGUUUAUCAAAUACUCGGAUCGAUCCAAAUGGGAAAUUGUACUUCAAGAUCAAGACUUUUCGUGGCGUAAAAAAGUGCUUGAAGUGUUCGAGUACUACACAGAUCGAACACCCGGCUCAUUUAUCGAGCAAAAGGAGAUUGGUAUACUGUGGCAUUAUGGGCUUGCCGAUAAAGGCUUUGCUUCUUGGCAAGCUGCAGAGUGUCAGAAUCAUUUGCAAAAUACUGUCACAGCAACGUACCCCGUGCAUAUUUUAGCAAAGCAAAAAUGUGUCGAGGUUAUGCCUCGAAAUGUUAGUAAAGCUACAAUGGUACAGCGCAUUUUGGAGCAUCAUCAAGCUCGAUCACAGCGACGCCAGCACUCUUUUUCACUACAUCCUCAGCAACCUUCUUCGCCACUGCAUGCUCCUACCAAUAUGCAGUCUCGAUCUCUUCCGUCUGGCCUCAACUCUCAACUAUCGUUGUCUGAUCAUAUUGCUGACACUUCUUAUUUAUUUUCAGGAAAUCUUGAGCCUUUUGAGCCAAGUCCUUCUUUGCUUGGUAGAAGCAAUUUUGAUUAUCCAGCUGACACAGAGUAUAAUCAUAGCAAUCGAGCAACCAUUAGCACAACAAAUUCAUCCUUUCAUGGCACUGAUACUAUUUCCAUUGCAAGCAUAGAUUCGCAUUCCAGCCACUCUGCGUCUUUUCAUUCGUCGCAGCUGCAACCCAUGCAGUCAUUUGGAAGUGCAACGCCAUCGCGCUUUGAACGAAUCGACUUUAUACUUUGUAUUGGAAAUGAUCGAUCUGAUGAAUGCAUGUUUGAAUAUUUGGGUCGAUUGGCGGUUCGCGAAAAUCGUAGUCGUCGGCUAGAGGGUGCAGGAAGCAACUCUCCCCUGGUAGAAGCAUACGAUCAGCGACACUCGCGACGUAACACCAGUCAAGUGCCCAUGAGUUUGAAUACGAGCGGGGAUUUAUUUGUUCAAGGUGACGACAAUAGCUUUUCACCCUCUACUGAGCCUAUCUUACUACCUGGAUCCGAGGUAGCUGACCAACUAUGCAACAGUCCUUAUCAGACGGAUAUAUUUCAGUCAUCCAGUGUGCCGACCGAAUCCACAAUGAAUUCUCAUAUGAAACGUUAUCGACACAUUAUUACGUGCACUGUUGGUGCAAAAUGCAGCUCUGCUAAAUCAUAUCUAUCCAAAGUUUCUUCGGUGCUCGAUGGAUUGGAAUACCUUCAUUCACAAGCGCAACAAUCCAUUUUCUAGCCUUUCUUUUUGUUUUAGUAAAUGCUUGAUAGCUUCAAAUAUAUCAUUACCAAGUGGAUGGGUUUAAAUUG